AUGGAGAAGUCGAUGUUGAAGACGAACAGAAAAACACAAGUUCCUCUGCUCAUGACCUCGCACACCAGAGCCCACGACAAACAUUCUAUCUAUAGCCUCUCCGGCAACUGGUCUCGCACGGUCUCCAUCGCCAAUUUCUCAGGCAAGCGCGUGCUCGGCUCCAAUCACGGCUGGCUGGCCAUGGCCAACCCCCUCACCGACGAGUGCCUCCUCUGGAACCCAGAGCUCGCCAAGCAAAUCCCUCUUCCCCGACUCCGCGAGUCGUCUCACUACAACAGAUGCGUCCUCUCGAAACCCCAGACAGAGCCGGGCUGCCUUGCCGCCUUUGUCGGCUCGUGUGGCUUCAAUCUGUCCGUGUGCGUGGUCGGGGCCCACGAGUUCGCCAACCGGUCCCUAAUGUACUUCAAGACCACCUCCACAAUGGUGGCCAUCGGCGCUCUCCACGAACAAAUUUACGGUGUUGUCUACUCCAUGCUCGACGGCUAUCAGCUCGUGACCGUUGGUCUGGUCGACGGGCCAACCAUCACAAUCGUGCCGUUAAUGUCGGCCGACGGGUCGGGCCUCUGGAUACCGCCCCUAUUGGAACGGAGAUGGACUGGCCUGCGUCCCGGCUACCUGAUCGAGUCGCCAGCUGGCGCGGGCAAGCUCCUCCUUGUCAUGAAGGUGUUCUUAUUUGGCUACCAUGCGGAUAAGGAGAAUGAUGGCAUGGUGUUUCGUGUUUUCCGAGUAGAUGUGGAGCGGAGGGAGUGCGUGGAGCUCGACCAAAUAGAUGGGAUGGCGGUUUUCAUCGGCUCCUGCGGUAAUGGGUUCUGCCGUCGGUCGGGCUCUGGGGGAGGAAGCAAGCCCAAUUGCAUAUACUAUGCCAACAAAGAGGGCCGGCUGGUUUAUGUGUAUGAUUUGGGGGAUAGGAGCACAACUCCGCUCUUGCUCUGUCCCGAUGCAAACCCACGUGGGUCCACUAACUAUUGGAUCGACCUCCCGGACAGUCCCUGA